CAAUUUGAGUCAGCUUUUCUGGAAAGUCCUCUACUUGGAAGUCAUCAGCUGCGCAUUACUUGUGAAGCCAGCUGGGCCGCUUCCAUAGCCCUGUCGCGCGGCAGAGAAGUAAACGGAGCACGUAUGGAGCCAAUCGAAACGCAGCGCAGGUCAUAAGCGCAGUUCCGAGAAACCGAGUGGGCAAAAUUGGCCCCUGCCACCGCCGCUGCUGAAAUACAAAGCUAUUCUUAGAAUUAGAUUCCUAGAACUUCCGUCAACCCGCAAAACUGAAUUUACAGGAGAGGCGUUUUCUCACCGUCUUUCUGUAGAAUAAAACAUAGAACAGUUGUUUCUGGCGAGUGGAUCACUGCGUUGGACCUAGCCUAUCUAUCUCUGCCAAUGUUGACACUGACACAUUUCCUUAUCACCAAAAGAAGUUAAGAUUUUUUAUUUUUGGCAAAAUAUCAGUAUAGUCGGUUGAGAUAAUGAGAAUUUUUUUUUUGUCGGAUUAUUGGCGCCAUGACAGCAUGAACUCAGCGACUGUUCCUACAAAUUAAGAAUCACUGGAUCUGUUAAAUAAUUAUAUAGCCUAUCACAUUUUUUCAACUGGAUUGAAUUUCAUUAUGAUUGUGUGUUCAAAGGGCUCUGUUGCCAGGGCCACCUUCGGAUAUGAUUGUCAGGACGAUGAGCAGCAUGCAGCAGGAUCAUGGUGAGAGAGGAGGGUCAUGUCAGAAUCCAGCGGCCCCUCUCUACGACUCUACAGAGGACCUCUGCAGCAUAACCAACACCUUCCAGUACCUGCAGAACUCAGGUUGGUACUGGGGGUCUAUUUCAGCCAGUGAGGCUCGAGAUGCUCUCCUGAAGAUGUCAGCGGGAACCUUCCUGGUACGCGAUAGCAGCCACCCCCUCUACAUGCUGACCCUGUCAGUGAAGACGGCCUUUGGCCCCACCAAUGUACGCAUUGAGUACAUCGGGGGUCGGUUCCGGCUGGACUCCAGCUCUCCAGGCCCCCCUCACUUGCUGUCCUUCCCUGAUGUCUGCAGCCUUGUACAGCAUUACGUGGAGGACACUCCUCAACCUAAAGCCAAACCCAGGUCGCCCCAGCCCGCAGUGAAGGGCAAUGCAGUACUGCUCAAGCUGCUGCGUCCCCUACCCCAGGCCUUCCCUUCCCUCCAGCACCUUACCCGCCUCACCAUCAACCACCACACUGACUGUCCGUACCAGCUGCCCCUGCCAUGCCCGCUAGUGCGCUACCUUCAGGACUACCCCUUCCAGGUAUGACGUAUGAUGGUCAUCUGGCAACCAUCCCCGCCCAAGGAAGGGCACACAGCAGCUCUAGCGUCCUCCCAUUGAGGGCCAGAGGUUAUUACCUUUUGCUUAUAGGGUCAGAAAUGGCCUCAGCUCAGCCGGACAGUGGCACCAUGGGAAGCAAUGUGCAGUGUUGUCUGGGAAGAGUAGAACUAUACACAUCUCACUGGGCCUUGGGCUUCUCAUACAGACACACAUGAACCAGACUCCUAAAAUGAAAUUUCUAUCAACAUUUAUACUGUUUACUUUAAUAUUUUGUCAAGGAUUUUAUAAGAGUUAAAUUAUAUGGAUUAAUUGUCAAUGAAUGCAAAUAAAUAUAUUUUAUAGUAAAAAUGGUAAUAAAAGAUGUCUCUU